AUUUUAAGGCCAUUACAUUACAUACACAUUAUCUUGAUGACAGGCAUGCUGGUAGUGCUAGUUCCCUUUAUAUUAUCAAAAGCCUGUCUUAUUUUCUUGGGUCUGACACAAGAUUUUUGGUGAAUGGAGAUUCUGGCACUUAUUUUGAAAAUCACUGCAGAAGAAAGAAUACUACUAUUCAUUUGAGAACUUUUAUAGCCUCAUUAUCUUUAUCCUUUGGAACCAUCCAGUACUUGUAGUUGGUUCUUGGAUAUUCCAAUUGAAUGGGGAAGCCAAGAGAAGCUGUUCUUUGUUUUGUGGCUUUGUUCUUGUUUUGGAGUUCUUCCAAUGCUUUGCUUUCUCCCAAGGGAGUGAACUUUGAAGUGCAAGCUUUAAUGGGCAUAAAAGCUUCUCUAGUGGAUCCUCACGGUAUUCUAGAUAAUUGGGAUGGAGAUGCAGUUGAUCCAUGCAGCUGGAAUAUGGUCACAUGUUCCCCUGAGAACCUAGUUAUUAGCCUGGGCAUUCCCAGUCAAAAUUUAUCUGGUACUCUAUCUCCAAGCAUAGGAAACCUAACAAAUCUUCAGAUUGUGGUGCUACAGAAUAAUAACAUAACUGGACCAAUCCCUUCAGAGAUAGGAAAACUUUCCAAGCUUCACACUCUUGAUCUCUCUAAUAACUUCUUCAAUGGGGGAAUUCCUCCCCCUUUGGGCCACCUGAAGAGCCUUCAGUACUUGAGGCUUAAUAAUAACAGUUUGGAUGGAGAAUUCCCAGAGUCACUAGCUAACAUGGCACAACUUUCCUUUCUUGACUUGUCCUACAACAAUCUGAGUGGCCCUGUACCUAAAAUUUUGGCCAAAUCAUUCAGUAUUGUAGGAAACCCCCUCGUCUGCGUGACAGAAAAAGAGAAAAACUGCCAUGGGAUGACACUUAUGCCUAUGUCAAUGAACUUGAACACCACUGAGGAUGCUUUACCAUCAGGCAGAACAAAGGCUCACAAAAUGGCCAUAGCCUUUGGUUUGAGUCUUGGAUGCCUCUGCUUGAUAGUUCUUGGUUUUGGACUUGUUCUAUGGAGGAGGCACAAACAUAAACAACAGACAUUCUUCGAUGUUAAAGACCGGCAUCAUGAAGAAGUCUACCUUGGAAACUUGAAGAGGUUCCAAUUAAGAGAACUCCAGAUUGCUACCAACAACUUCAGCAACAAAAACAUUCUUGGAAAGGGUGGUUUUGGAAAUGUCUACAAGGGAAUUCUUUCAGAUGGCACUCUUGUAGCAGUCAAGAGGCUUAAAGAUGGCAAUGCCAUUGGAGGAGAUAUACAAUUUCAGACUGAAGUUGAAAUGAUCAGCUUAGCAGUGCACAGAAACCUUCUCAAACUGUAUGGAUUUUGCAUGACACCAACAGAAAGGCUUUUGGUUUAUCCUUACAUGUCUAAUGGCAGUGUUGCAUCCAGGCUCAAGGGUAAGCCAGUGCUAGACUGGGGCACAAGGAAGCAAAUAGCCUUAGGAGCAGCAAGAGGACUACUAUACCUUCAUGAGCAAUGUGAUCCAAAGAUAAUCCAUAGAGAUGUGAAGGCUGCAAAUAUAUUGCUUGAUGACUAUUGUGAGGCAGUGGUGGGAGAUUUUGGGUUGGCAAAGCUUUUAGAUCAUCAAGAUUCACAUGUCACAACUGCAGUGAGGGGCACAGUGGGGCAUAUUGCACCAGAGUAUCUUUCCACAGGGCAAUCUUCUGAGAAGACUGAUGUCUUUGGAUUUGGCAUCCUGCUUCUUGAACUGAUCACAGGCCAAAGGGCUCUAGAAUUUGGAAAAGCAGCUAACCAAAAAGGAGCCAUGCUUGAUUGGGUAAGGAAAAUUCAUCAAGAGAAGAAGCUUGAGUUGCUUGUUGACAAGGAUCUGAAGAACAACUAUGACAGGAUUGAGCUUGAGGAAAUUGUUCAGGUGGCACUCUUGUGCACCCAAUAUCUUCCGGGCCACAGGCCCAAAAUGUCGGAAGUGGUACGCAUGCUUGAAGGUGAUGGGCUUGCAGAGAAAUGGGAAGCCUCUCAAAGUGCCGACACUACUAAGUGUAAGGCCCAUGAACUCUCUUCAUCAGAUAGGUAUUCUGACCUCACUGAUGACUCUUCAUUGUUAGUCCAGGCCAUGGAACUCUCAGGCCCAAGGUGAUUUUUUCAUAGCCAUUUUUAGUUUUUUUUCUUCUUUCUCUUAGAUUAUUUUUGUUUCUUAUUUGGUUUCCUAGUCUCCUAAAGAAAGUAUAUGAAAAUGAAGAACAUAUGAUAAUUGAGUCCAUUCAUAACUUCUGAUUAUAUGUUGUAUGAUAGAAGCCUUAGAAGCUGAAAAGGGCUUGUUUUUGUUUUACUUUUUUUCAAAUGUACAUAUACUUAUUUGUUGAAGAAGGGUUUGUAGUGCAAAUUUUGUAAAGAGAAAAUGAAAACCUUUACCAGGUUUUCAGCGAAAUUAGUAAUUAAAUGAUCGAUCUUACUUGCCUUGUUUU